UGAUCCGUCUAUGUUCUUCCUCUCCUUUUCUUCCUGAUACGGUCUUGCUAGAAGAGCCAGGGUAAAGUCGGCUUGCACGGAGAAAUGGGAGACAUCUUGCCUGAAGUGCACUUCAUCAACAAGGAGGGCCCCGAAAUCCGGACGUCCCGGUUGAUCCUCCGACCUCUACGUGAUUCCGAUGUUGGAGAUAUGUUUGCGAUGCGAUCCCGCGAAGAUGUCAUGGUCUGGAGCCUCACAAAACUGCCCGACAAAGACAUCUCAGCGACGAAGAAAAUAAUGUCCCGCUGGAACGACGAAACCAAUGUGGGUCUUGCCGUGCUGGAGGUUUCGAACCCAGAUCGUGUCUGUGGGGUCAUCGGAUAUACCGCAGUCGGUAACAAGAUGGAAGUCGGAUACCUUAUGCAUCCCGACGUGUGGGGCAAGGGAUAUGCCACCGAGGCCCUCCAGGCCUCAAUCGAAGCGUGGUGGAAUGGUUAUGAGGCAGUGAAGCCAAAGAAGAGCAUGAUGCAUGAGCUGCUUGCCUCCACGCACGAGGGAAACGAGCGGAGCUACAGAGUUCUCAGGAAAUGUGGAUUCGAAAUGAUUGAGGAACUUGACGAUGAGUAUGGAAGAGGAAAUGUUUGGAGGCUAAAAAGGGCCAAUAGCGGCUGAUUAUUCGCCCAAAUAAUGGGGGAUUCACAGCGUAACUGCCAAAGAUCUUGUGGUUUGGAUCUUCGCUGUGCAGUGUCAGUUUUGCUAUGAACCUGACUUCACCACUGUCUUCGCCCAAUGUAACUAUUUCUAUGUAAGAAGAGAUUUUCUCAAUAACCCCCUCUCUGCUUGAUUUCUUGAUUUUCUUUCACAAGUGUUCCUUCACAGUUAUCACCCUAAAAAUUGUCAACCAAAACAUCAGCAAUGGCCUUCCUGCUGACAU